GCCCCUGGUACGCUGGCAAACGCAGCUUGAACAUUAAUUUCGAUUCCGCUUGCCCAUGCAGUUCCUGUCCGUUUGAUACUGCGGCGUGGAUCGAGCUGUGCACCGUUGUGUUAGGAUUGGACUCUUCCAGGACAAGCAGCGUUACUCAGUCAGUCAGCAGAAAGCCCGGGUAGUGAUGUCUCAUCCCGCCGUGCGCUAGUCCUACACACAUGACGGACGGCUCACGGAUCGGUAGAUGGAAGAAAUCUCACACGACUUGAUGGGUCGAACUCCAACUUUGGCAGGACCUGGCGGCUCAGGACACUGAAGAUGACUGCACGGCAGGAGAGGGAGCCAUGGCCGGUUUGCCCACCUUUUCCCUCAUCUCUAACACUGUAGAACCGAGCAGGAUGCUGAAGAAGAGACACCCAUCAUGAAAUAUGGCGACGUGGAUACUGUGCAUUUACACAGCGACUCUGACAUGCUUCCUUCUUGGACGGAUCUUUGUCGACGGAGUUCGUAAGGACUGCAGUAACCAUACGAGCAGCCAUAAAGUAAAAAGGAACACAGACACAGAAGCCCCUCAACAAAAGGGAAAAGCAGUUGGCACGCGGUCUCCAAGUAAUUUUUUGGACGACUUGCUUUGCAAUUAUGACAAAAGAAUAAGGCCUGAUUUCAAAGGGCCGUCAGUGAAUGUUUCCUGUGACAUCUACGUCAACAGUUUUGACUCAAUCUCAGAAACAACCAUGGACUACCGGUUAAACAUCUUCCUGCGUCAGACAUGGAGGGAUACCAGACUCGCGUUUGAGGAAAAUGAAGAGAUGGGAUACAGCGACAGCGUGAGCCUGGAUCCAAGUCUGCUGAAGAGAAUAUGGGUGCCGGACACUUUCUUCACCAACGAAAAGGGUGCCGAAUUUCAUCACGUGACGACAGAGAACAAACUCUUGAGGGUUAACUCCAAAGGAGAAAUAUUAUACAGUAUCAGGUUAACGCUAACACUCGCCUGUCCGAUGAAGCUGCAGCGGUUCCCGAUGGACCAGCAGGUCUGCCCGAUGAAGCUGGAGAGCUACGGCAUGACGACCGACGACGUUCGACUUGUAUGGAAAGAUACAGACACGCCUGUGGCUAUUGCGGACGACCUGGUAUUGCCCCAGUUUGCAAUCACCAGCAUAGUAACGACCCAAAUGAUAAUGGAAUACAGCACAGGUUCGUACUCCAGGAUGAGGGCAGAGUUCACCCUGGAGCGGCAGAUGGGUUACUACAUGAUUCAGACCUACGUUCCCACAAUCCUUAUCGUCAUCCUGUCCUGGGUCUCGUUCUGGAUCAACAUCGAGGCUGCGCCUGCGCGCGUCGCGCUUGGGAUUACCACCGUGCUCACCAUGACAACGCAGAGUUCAGGGUCCAGCGGUGCCAAGCCGAAAGUCUCCUACGUCAAGGCCAUCGACAUCUGGAUGGCUGUGUGUCUUAUGUUCGUCUUCGCGGCGUUGAUAGAGUUCGCCGCUGUCAACUUCGCCUCCAGGCAAGACAAGGAGGUGGCCAGAAGGAGACAGAAGAUGAAGCAAAAACAGGAAGAAAAGGAAAAGGCCAAAAACCUGAACAGAAAGAAGACUAACUAUAGCGGGUACAGCGUGGCCGGGCAGCAGCUCAGCAGAGCCGCGGAGCAGCGCUCACAGGGCGAGAACAAGGAUCAGGCAAAGAACGGGGGAUCUAUAGAGAAACCAAUCAACCCGACAGAGUUCAUGGACAAAGCAAAAAAGAUUGACUCCAUGUCAAGAAUCAUCUUCCCCUGUGCGUUUCUCCUCUUCAACGCCAUUUACUGGCCCACCUACUUAGGAUGAAGGUGAGACAGGAGCAGGACCUGUAGAUGAACAGAACACCCUUGUGACGAGGAACAACCAGACUGCCUGUAGAUGUCCAGCCUUACGGCUCCUACUGUCUCGACAUUAGACCUGUCCAACGUGCCAGAAAUCCGUACAUCGGUGUGUGACUUAAUGUUUUUGAAUGUAUCUCUAUGAAGGACAAGCUUGUACUACCGUUUGACUUUCUCGCCUUUGCCACCUCGUAGUACACCUAUCCUCAGAGGUCAUCAGGUCACGGCGAAGAGUGGAAGAUGUGUAGUGGCAUCAAAGAGAACUCUUAACUACUGUACAUAUCGCAAAUUCGUCACACCGCAUUGGAAAGAGUCUCUUAGUGUGUCUUACUAUUUAGUACAUAAACAGUUUAAAAAUGAUAUAAAAAUAGUGAUAUAUUGAUUGUUCUAGUUUUACUGUUUUGGACGUUUGUAUGUUUUUUCGUGGAUGUCGGGCAAAGUGCGAAGGGAAGAUAUCUUUACGGAGGAUGGUGCCAGCAUGUAUAUGUUGAUAGAGCGUAGUUGCCUAUAGAAGAGGGCUACAUGAAGACUGGUGCGUACAUAGGCCGGAGGGAAAAUCGCGUAAGCCGUAUUAUUGAUACCGAAGGUCGGACCAAGGACACUCCUUCAUGUAGACUUACGUUGUUAUGGUGAGCACCUCGCGACAACGAUGGAUUUUCGAACCUUCCCGUGCGUCCACCGUCUUUCAUCGUAUGAUUACACAUCCUCGACACAGAAGAGAAUUAUCCCUGAAGUGUCAUCCACAGACGGUGAGAGCAGUCGAUGAGGGCCUUGGAGAGGACGCCUGAAAGUCAGACAUCAGAUUGCUUUUCCAGUCUGAGGAUGAAAACCCCACGAUAUUAGUAUGUUCACGGUACUUCCACGCUGCGGUAGACUUAGGGCGUUAUCAGUGUAAUACCUGUCAGUUACGUAACGUCAUGGCUUCCUCUGUACCUUUGAGGUAUUUCUUGUUCGUCAUAGAUAUCCACCGAGACAGCAACGAGAGAACUAGAAGCGUUGAUUCUCUACAUGUACUUGACUGUAGUAUUCUCUGAAGGCAAAUGUGAUUCAAAUGAGUGCUUUAUUGUUGUCCAAGUGACGCGUAAUUGCUACGAUAUACAAUAAAUUUGGUAGAGAUCGAAUCUUGCCGUUAGGUCCCAUAUUAUUGCACUAAAUGGAACAAUGCUUUACAUUGUCUUAAGCCCCUGUCACACAUGCAGAACCUUCCACAAAACACCAGUCGACCAAGGUUGGCUGGAGUUCAGGAGCAGAUUUAGGCCACGCCCACCUUUCUAUACGAAUCGACUCGAAUUUGAGUUAAAUUUUAGUCAAAUUUGAAUACCAACCAUACCCCCACUCCCGAACACCAGCCAACUAUAUCAGGACCUCCCUCCCUACCCUACAUUUUGAAACAGUCAGCUGGCGCAGCCGAACAGUAGCCGAGCACCAGCCUACCUUGCUCCCGGCCAACUACCAUGUUUGGGGGGAGUUCGGCUAGUGUUCGG